UCAGGUGACUCUCAGCCAUGAAGACACUAGUCCUCCUCUCUCUCCUUGCCCUGCUGGCCUUCCAAGCCCAGGCUGAUCCUCUCCCAGAAGCAGCUGAGGAGACUAAAACUGAUGAGCAGCCAGGGGUAGAGAACCAGGAUGUGUCUAUCUCCUUUGAGAGCCCAGAAGGCUCUACUAUUAAAGAUAUAGCCUCAAGAAGGGUGAAAUGCGCCUGUAGGAGAAAAUUCUGCUGGUUUUUUGAACAAGUCUCUGGGAUUUGCAACAAAGGUCCAGUGCUCUACAUAUUCUGCUGCCGCUGAGACCAGAGAGAAUGUCACCAUGUCUCCUGAGACCUCUCACCUGCCGUUACCCUCAUACUUAGCCUCAAUGGUU